AAAAGCGAAAAAAGUGGUGAAAACUCGACGACAACUCCACUGAAGAGGAUAUAUAAAGACAGAACGCAUGACACGAAUGGAAAGCCCUUAAGAUCUAAACAUUUUAUGUGUGAAUACAUUGGAUGUGAGAAAACGUUUGGCGAAAGUGAAACACUUUUGGCACACAUUCGGGUCAGACAUACAAUGGAGCGGCCGUUCGGGUGUGACGUUUGCCACAAGAGAUUCCCUACGGAGAGGUGUCUUCGGGUGCAUAAGAAGAUCCAUACGGAGGACAACCGAAAGUACCGGUGCUCUUGGGUUGGCUGUGACUCCACUUUUCGCACCAAAAGUUGUCUUCAGACUCACAUGCAAUCACAUGAACAGCGGCGACAAUACCCGUGCGAUGAAUGUGACCAACGAUUUAAUAGGAAAGGGAUUCUGUAUGCGCACAGACUAACGCACUCCGGCGCCCGACCGUACACUUGUGAUUGGCCCGCCUGUGAGGCCACGUAUAAGGACUUAAAUAUGCUUAAGCGUCACAAAGAGACACAUCUGGGAGUCAAACAGUAUGUCUGCGAUAGAGAGGGUUGUGGUAAA